CAUUCAAAUUAAUUUUUCGAUGAGACAGGGUCUUCCCUACCAACCUCAAAUUGUCUACUUUAGCAUCUUCAUGUUUCCACACCUCGUGCAGCGGGUGGAUGCCAACCUCGUCUUCAGUUAAUCGAAUCCGACUUAGCAUGGUGCCCACGUCAUCAUUCGCCAUCAUGGAUGGGUUGCUGCCGAUCCCCUUGUUUUUGCUUUUCAACUUUGUCACUUUAACUCACAAGAAUUUAGUUCCUGCUGCCUGCUAUCACCUAAGGUUAAGGGCAACAAAGCAAGUCGGUGAUGCUUCAAGGGAUUGGAUGCGUGCAGGCGAUACAGAAAGAAAAAAAGGGGGAAAGCUCCCCAAUCGAAGAGAAAAUCCUAGGGAGGUACCUGUUCGUCGCCAAACCCUAACCCUAAGCCUUAGUUUGGAUCGGAGAAAUUGGAGGACCUGCUUUCCUCCUCCCCGUCCAUCCCCGUACCUCUUCCGAUCGGAUGGUCCCCAACUCCCCAUGCCCUUUGGUCGUCCGAGCAGCACAAGGGACAAGAAACCCCAGCAAACCUCUGCAGUUCGUCCUUGCCUCUUUGCCACAUGCAGAAAAGAGCAAUUAUCGAGAGAAAGCGGAGUCAAUUUUGGCUUCAUCCAUUUGAUGGCUGGGAGGAAAAGAAAGGAAAUCGGAGGAUUGAGAUGAGCCCAAGGGUUUCUUUUGUUUGUGUACAUUUUUAUGGCAACUGAUGGUAUUAAUUAGUUUUGUCUCUAAAAGGUAAUGGUGGAUCUGUUAUGCUUUUCCCUUUUCCAGCACCCAACCAGAUUGCCCUCAGGACCAGGUGUGAUGAGAACAGAUGAAGACUUCAACGAUGCAUCAAUCUCCUUCAUCUACUAACCCCUGGUUGAUUUCCAAUUCCAGGAAAGUGACAGGUCCCAGGUAGGGCCGUCAAUAAAUCGAGUUGCGUAAUUAAGUACUUACCCUCGACAUCGCCCAAAAAUUUGAGUUCGAGUGAAAGUGUAUAUUUGACCAGCUCUAGGUAGUUUGACUUUAAGC